CUGGCAUAAACACAUGAACGCCUGCGCUUGGCCAUGAGAGCAUGAGAGGUCAAAAGUUAUGAUCGUAAUCUACGAAAUAAACGGAACAUAACCCCGAGACAUGGCCAGCUCCAUGGUGGCAGUGGGACUGGCUCUUGCAGCAGCUGGAUUUGCAGGUCGUUAUGCCAUGAAGGCCAUGAAACAGAUGGAGCCAAAAGUGAAGCUGGCCCUUGAGAAUUUGCCCAAGACCGCAUUUGGAGGAGGCUACUACAGAGGUGGAUUUGAACCAAAGAUGACGAAAAGAGAAGCUGCUCUUAUUUUAGGUGUCAGUCCCACAGCCAACAAAAAUAAGAUCAGGGAAGCCCAUAGAAAACUAAUGAUCCUGAACCAUCCAGACAGAGGAGGUUCUCCAUAUAUAGCUGCAAAAAUAAAUGAAGCAAAGGACCUGAUGGAUGGCCAGGCCAAGAAACAGAGCUGAGGAUGAUUAUGCUAAUGAUUUCCAACGGCUUUUAUUCACAUUGUUUCAUGGACUGAGUUGAGGAAGCACUUGAAUUUUUUUGUUUUUCUAAUUCUUCCCAAAUAAAAUACAAACUGUACAAACUGA